AUGAACUUAGCAGACAUUCUCAAGGAUAUUGGCAACGAAGGAUACUUCCAGGUCGUGACCAUCUUGAUCCUGGCAAUGCCUAAGAUGCCUAUCCAGUGGAGCAUGACGAUCAUGUCCUACGUGGCAUAUGAGCCCGACUGGUGCUGUGUGCCCGAGGGUGGCUCCGAUGACACAUGUGGCGUGGACAAGAACAACUUCUCCUCUCUCCACUCUCCGCGGCCCACACACAAAGAAUGCGGCCUCAACUCCAGCUUCUGCUCCAGGAGAAUCUUUCUGGAUCCUGAUGGCGCGUCCACUUCCGUGACGGAGUGGGACCUAGUGUGUGACCACAAGUGGGUUGUAUCCUCGCUGUCCUCCAUCCAAAUGGCCGGGGUUAUGGUCGGAGCUGUCCUGUGUGGGUUCCUGGCAGACGAGUUCGGACGCAAACAUGUCCACUUCUGCACGCUUCUAGUCCACGCGCUGUUCAACGUGGGGGCCGGGUUGUCCAAUUCUUGGCCAAUGUUUGCCGUCUUCAGGUUUGGUAUCGGAGCUGCUAUUGGCGCCUACCUGGUGGUACAUGUGCCUUACAUCCUAGAGUUUGUCUCACCAAGAUGGCGGGUGAUCCCUGCCUCACUACCCUUUGCCGCUAUCGGCGCCUCACUGCUUCCCUUGGCUGCUUGGAUGUUGCCAGACUGGCGAUGGAUGCACUUUCUCUGCGCCAUGAUGUGUGCGCCUUUUCUUGUAGGAUACUUCUACAUGCCAGAGAGUGUCCGGUGGCUGACCGUCAAAGGACGGGUGGAGGAGGCGGCCAAAGUGGUGGAUCAAAUCGCCAGGAUGAAUAAAAGAGAAUACAACCCGGAGAAAUGUCUGCAGAAAAUCAAAAAAGUCGCUGAGAGAGAGAGGGAGACUCUAGAGAGCGGACAAAAGUACACCUAUGUGGACGUCUACCGUGGCUGGAGAAUGGCCAGGCUCACUUUGACACAACAGUUUGUAUGGUUCACCACCUCGCUGGUCGGCUAUGGAAUCAUCCUGGGCGUGUCAGGUCUGGCCGGAAAUGUCUACCUCAACAUGUUUCUCGUAGAAGCCAUCGAGAUCCCGUUCGUCAUGGCUACCUACUAUUUCAACAAUUGUUGUCGAGUGUUCGUAGCAGGUGCUGCGGCCGUCUUCAUUGUUGUGUCCACUGAGGUCUACCCGACUGUGAUUAGAACUCUGGGGUUUGGGGCAGCCAACACGGCAGCCAAAGUUGGAGGAGUACUGGCCCCUUUUGUCAUCAACAUGGCUGCAGCCCCCACAGUUGCCUUCAGCGCCAUGUUCGUCACGUGUCUGCUGUGUGUGGUGGCCGUCUUAUCGCUGGCGGAGACCAAGAACCUAGUCAUGGAGGACACGCUAGACAGCGGAGGUGGUGCUACAUCGACUCAAGGACGGCCGGGUUCCAUCGAUCACGAGAGGAGAACACUCAAGCGAUCCAAGUCGCAACCUCGAAUCAUCAUUGACUUUGACAUUGACCUAAUCCACCACCGCUCCUACUCGGAGUUUGAAGACGACAACGACGACAACAGCGAGGAGAUGAGGCUGGUGAGGAGAAGAAGAAAGGGCAGGGAGAAGUUCCCCUUGUUGAGGAGAGGGCAGCCGGUUUACGACGCGUGCUCGCCCUCGCCUGGUCACAGCAGCGAGGAUUACAAUCACGUUCGGGAUUGUGGGAUCGACAACUCGGUCGUUGUCAUCACCGAAUCCAGCGAGGCGUCAGAGGCGGACAGUACAGCAUUUGACAGCCAGGCGGACACCACAGCGUUUGACAGCCAGGCGGACAGUAUAGCGUUUGACAGCCAGGCGGACAGUAUAGCGUUUGACAGCCAGGCGGGCAGUACAGCGUUUGACAGCCAGGUGGACAGCACAGCGUUUGACAGUCAGUCGGAUAGCACCGUCAAACUACAAUCGACUGUUAAACUUGGUCAGAGGUUAAGCCAACCACAGGGAGUCAGCCAACCACAGGGAGUCAGCCAACCACAGGGAGACAGCCAAACACAGGGAUUCAGCCAACCACAGGAAAUCAGCCAACCACAGGAAAUCAGCCAACCACAGGGAGUCAGCCAAACACAGAAAAUCAGCGAACCACAGGGAGAUAGCCAACAACUGGGAGUCAACCAACCACAGGAAAUCAGCCAACCACAGGGAGUCAGCCAAACACAGGGAAUUAGCCAAACACAGGGAGUCAGCCAAACACAGGGAGUCAGCCAACCACAGGGAAUUAGCCAAACACAGGGAGUCAGCCAAACACAGGGAGUCAGCCAACCACAGGGAGUCAGCCAACCACAGGGAGUCAGCCAAACAUAG